UUAAUAAUGCAAUAUCUUCAUCUUUAAUGACAACGAAACUGAAUAAUAUUUAUUCAGACCUUAAUAUAUCAACUCGGACUGUCCAACGCACCCUUAAAAAUAAACUUAAUUAUGUAGUUUGUAGGCCACGAGCUGUUCCUCUCCUUAAACAAAAUCAUAUCGAAGCACGUCUCCAGUGGGCUUUAAGGCAUAGCCAAGAUGAUUG